UGUUUAAAUUAACAUCUAAUGCUCUUGAUGAAACAAUAUUGUAAUUAUAGAUUCGCAUGUCCGGGUCCAAUGUCAAUGUCGAUACAGGCAAAUAUGACGAAAACUGUUUCUUGUGUUGCACAUUUGAAUUAUUAUUGAUAUUUUAACACAAUAGGAAAUAUUGUCAAAGCCAUCACAAUGUUACAAAGAUUAUUCCGUGCCCAUGGAGAGUUCUGUGCCUCUCAUCCUCUGGAAAUUGUGAUGGCGGCACUAACAAUCAUAAUCAGUCUGAUGUCUAUGGGGUCAGUGUUUGCAGUGGAUAAGGACAGAGUGUGUGGUUGGAACUAUGAAUGCGCUAAAGCUCAGACACAGAAAAAAUCUGAUGUAAUUUUGCUGUCCUUUGCCAGAUGUGUGGCUCUCGUGUACAUCUAUAUGCAAUUCAGAAAUCUAAGACGGGUUGGAUCAAAGCAUUUGCUAGGAAUAUCCGGUGUAUUCACCAUCUUCUCCAGUUUUGUUUUCUGCAUUGCGUUUGUGAAGAUGUUUGGCAAUACAAUAUCAGGACUUUACGAGGUGCUUCCAUUUUUCCUAUUCUUGAUUGACCUUACAAAAGCCAGUACGCUGGCAGUGUUUGCCCUGAGUUCCACAAGCCGUGAGGAGAUUGUACACAAUAUAGGCACUGGUCUUGAGCUUCUGGGCCCUGCAAUCACGCUUGAUGCAGUUGUUGAAACUCUUGCUAUUGGGCUGGGAACCAUCUCAGGAGUGGACCAACUGAAUACCAUGUGCAGUUUUGGAUGCCUGUCAGUGGUGGCAAACUAUGUAGCGUUUAUGACCUUCUACCCAGCCUGCCUUGCUCUUGUGCUAGAGUUGUCCAUGGAGAUUGGCCGGUUCCAGCAUUCAGCCCGUGACUUCAGGGACAUGGUGGUUGAGAUGAAGCUUGGGCAGGGAGCCAACAAGCCCAACCCUGUCAUCCAGAGGGUCAAACUCAUCAUGAGUGCGGGACUAGCUGUAGUUCAUUUGCAUAGCAGACUGGUUUCACGGAAGUCAGUACUGGAUACAACCAGUCUGUUUGAGGAGCACAUGGAAUACAAGCAACCAGAAAUGUCACUGGUGCAGUUUUAUUUGUACAGACUGUUUGCAGUCCACGCAGACUAUGGGCUGACAUUGCUGUUGGGGGUUGCCCUGCUGGUGAAGUACGUGUUCAUUGAUCGCCAUAAUGACCUCCUGGACAUACAACAGACCCUGAUGAUCCAGAAAACCCUCAGUUCCAGCCCUGUGGCCACUCAGACCGAGCUUGAGAGAGAGGACGACCUAUGUACUUCAUUUUCCAUCGGAGAUGAGAGUGAUGAAGAUUGCAUGCCAAGGGAAAACACCAGUGUACAGACCAACACCAUUCCAGGGUUGUCCCCCUUACGUCAUCUGGUCAGCCUUCAAGAGCCACGUUCCAUGGAGUACUGUCUAGAGAUGCUUAAAUCAGAUGGUGGAAUAAGUGAACUUACGGAUGAAGAAAUCAAGAUACUGGUUGCAGCUAAGCACAUCCCCUCGUAUAAGUUAGAAGGGCUGCUCGGUGAUUAUGAAAGGGGCGUGUCCAUUAGACGACAGCUGGUCCUAGAGGAGACCCACACUGAGGACGCCCUCGAUAAACUGCCCUUCUCAGACUAUGAUUAUUCUUUUGUGGACGGUGCAUGCUGCGAGAAUGUGGUCGGGUACAUGCCAGUUCCUGUGGGGGUUGCUGGUCCCCUUCAUCUGGACGGGAACCAGUACAUGGUCCCCAUGGCUACCACAGAAGGCUGCCUGGUUGCCAGCACCAACAGGGGAUGUAGGGCUCUGGCACAAGGAGGUGGUGUCCAUAGUGUGUUGCUAGGCGAUGGGAUGACAAGGGGACCGGCUGUGCGCUUCCCAACAGCCAGGAGAGCUAGUGUGCUGAAGUUGUGGUUGGAGGAUGGUGAGAACUUCUCCAAGAUUUGUGAUGAGUUUAACAGCACUAGCAGGUUUGCAAGGCUACAGCGAGUCCAGGCUGUUCAAGCAGGCCGUCUGCUCUACAUACGCUUUGUGGCCCGAAGUGGAGACGCCAUGGGCAUGAACAUGCUCUCUAAGGGUGUGGAGAAGUGUCUACACAAGUUGGAAGGGGACUUUCCAGACAUGGAGAUCAUUAGUCUCAGUGGAAACUUCUGUACAGACAAGAAACCCUCGGCCUUAAACUGGAUAGAGGGGCGUGGCAAGUCAGUGGUAUGCGAGGCAGUGAUUCCUGCCAGUGUGGUAAAGAACACAUUGAAGACCACCACAAAGGCUCUCAUAGAUCUCAACAUCAGCAAGAACCUGGUGGGGUCGGCCAUGGCUGGAAGUAUUGGAGGCUUCAAUGCACACGCUGCUAAUAUUGUCACUGCAAUAUUUAUAGCCACUGGCCAGGACCCUGCCCAGGUUGUGUGCAGCAGUUACUGUCUGACCUUGCUGGAGGAGGGGGGAGUGUCAGGGGAGGACCUCUACAUCUCCUGCACCAUGCCUUCCCUAGAGUUGGGCACAGUUGGGGGAGGCACCAUACUGCCCCCUCAGGCCGCUUGCCUCAAGAUGUUGGGUGUUCAUGGUUCAAGCCCCAGCAUGCCCGGUGAUAACGCUCAGCGUCUGGCGCGGGUCGUGUGCGCCACUGUGCUGGCCGGGGAGCUGUCUCUGCUGUCUGCCCUGGCUGCUGGACACCUCGUGCGCAGCCAUCUGAGGCACAAUAGAUCAAGCAUCAGUAUGCACUCAGGUCAAAGUGUAGACAACUUACAGGCAAAGCAUUCCAGUGACAUUGAAACACUCAAGUCUACUUUAAUUCAGCCCAAAGGGACUGGAAAGGGACCCCACCAGAAAGAUCAGGAGGAAAGUAACACAAGUAGUUUAGAAGACCCUCCUGAUACAUGCAGAGGUGGUUCUUUAAGUCAAAGUGAUGAAUCUGCCAGCAGCUUGACAACCGUGAGCUCCAAGAAAGGAUGUUUUAGUCUUCCAAAUGACACUAGUUCAAUAAAUACUUCACAACAAUUGAAGCACAGAAAGCAGCAUUCCACUAGCAAAUACAAAGACAACGAAAUUGGAGCAUGCAUUAAACAUGUAUCAUGAUGAAGUUGUUUAGGAAUUUUUAUAGUUUAGGAAUUUUCAAAUUGAGUGUCAUAGGACAAAAUGUUCCAGUUGUGGUCAUUUUCUUUAAUGCCCCAUAUGUUUGGUUGUGUAUUUAAGCUUAUCUGAGCAAAACAUUUAUAAGGAGCUGUUGUGAUGGCCAUUGGUCUGUCAGUCGUACUCUAAAUUUACCUGGAUAACUAACACUCUUGAGGCCACAUUUAUUGUCCCAUCUUCAUAAAAUUUGAUCAAAACAUUUGUUCCAAGAAUAUCUCAACAAAAACUGGCAGUCAUCCUCAUGUGGCAAUGGAGAAUCCUUGUGAACACAGUCAAUUUUACGUCCAGUCUUCAUGAAUGUUCCGAAGAAAAUUCAUUCUAAUAAUUGCUUCUGAAGUUUUGAAAUGGCUCCCGUCCAUCCUGAUAUGUUCAUAGUGAAAGCGCAUUAACUUUAUAAGGACUUGUUUUUCUUCCAAUCUUCAUCAUAACUUCAGCUCUGUAGUAAAUGUAUGGUUCAAAAGCAUUUUGUGAUAUAAAUAUAAAUUGCUUUUAGAAAUAACCGAUAUACCAUCUAGAUGAAGUUUAUUCAUAUCAUGAAAUGAAUUAUCUGUAUGAAGUCAUCUGAAUAUUAUUUGUGUGUAUAACAUAAAGAGUUAUAUUUCCAAAAAACAUUGAUUUUGUUUUUAAAAAAAGACAGUAUUUGCAUGCUUGAUGCAUGGUGCUUUUUGGUUUUCAGUCAAGCCUAUUUACUCUGUAAAAGAAACACUUAUGCCCAAUCAGCAUGAAACUGAAUCAUAACAUUUAAUCUCAUAGCAUUUCAGCCGAGAAAUGGUUCUGGAUCAAGGGUAAUGUCAGAAGCCACAACUUUGACAAAAAUAUCACAAAAUAUGUUGAAAACUUUUCAGUUCCUUUGGGUCUCCGUUGAGUGAAGUAACCCCUCUUGUGCUUGGUCUUUGAAAUAGGCCUUAAAGAGUAACCAUAUGUGUACUUUGACUAAUUUAACCCUUUCCCACUUGAAAGCAAAGAGAAAAUGGCUGUGUGCAAACAGCAAUAAACCAGAACAGCAUGCAAGUAACUCACAGUCUGUUCAGGUUUAAUGCUUUUUGCUGCUCAUCAGUAUCUUAGGUUUGGAAAUUAAGCCUUAAAAACAUGAAUCUAGUAAGAAAGGUCUUUAAUUAAAUUUAAUUUCUAUAGGACUACACAUGCGUCAAAAUACUUAUCUAAGUGGUAAAGGGUUGAACAUGCUGAACAUCUUCAACCUGAAGUGCUGUUGAUUGAUUGACUUAAUUAACCCAUUUAUGCCUAGCGUCUAGAAAAAAGGCAUAAGCAAACAGUGUAGACCCAGAUGCAACGCCAAAAGAAUGAUGCCGAGUCUCAUCAUGGUCUGCGCUGUUUGCUUAAAGGAAUUUCUGUAAGAAAUAUUCUAUAUAUAUAAAUAAAUAUACUAGACAUCCCUAAUUUUGGAAAUAAAUUGAUCCAAUUUAGAAUGAUGGGAGAGUCCACUAGGCAUAAAUGGGUUAAUUAAAGUUUGUUGAGUUCAUAACAGAAGCAAAUCAUGCAUAAUUGUGUCCAUUUUGUUGUAAGAUAGAUAAUUUAUAUCUUUGAAACAUGUUGUUCAUGUUAUGUAAGAUAGAUAACUUGUAUCUAUGAAACAUGUUGUUCAUGUUAUGUAAGAUAGAUAACUUGUAUCUAUGAAACAUGUUGUUCAUGUUAUGUAAGAUAGAUAACUUAUAUCUAUGAAACAUGUUGUUCAUGUUAUGUAAGAUAGAUAACUUAUAUCUAUGAAACAUGUUGUUCAUGUUAUGUAAGAUAGAUUACUUAUAUCUAUGAAACAUGUUGUUCAUGUUAUGUAAGAUAGAUAACUUAUAUCUAUGAAACAUGUUGUUCAUGUUAUGUAAGAUAGAUAACUUAUAUCUAUGAAACAUGUUGUUCAUGUUAUGUUACUUUAUAAGAAAAUAUUGUAUAAUGCUUAAUAAAAAUAAAUACUACAGUGAUAAA